AUGCACUCCAUCAUCAUCACCAUCAUUACCUUCUUCCUCGCGCUCAGCGCGUCCGCAUCCCCUUACCUCCCACAAACGACCUCCACGCCUCGCCGCUCCCUGUCCUGCGCGCAAGUUGCCACGUUCAACCACCGCCUCGACAACAUCCUACACACCCGCCUACCGGCCGCACUCUCCAAUCCCACAGUCGCAGGAGUCCACGACGAGCUCAUCGCACUGCAGACCUUCCUGGAAGCUUACCAGGGCCUCGUUAAGUCCCAAUACAGCUCCUGCUCCGGCCGCCGCGACGUCUCGAACAAGGAACACAACCUUGCCGCGCGCCAGGCGGGCAAUGCUUCGUUCAUCUGCCAGUUCCUCGAAGCUAUCUUUGGUGACCCCGAGGAUGGCAGCUCCUCGAAGGGGGUCAUCGCCGCGAGGACCGCGGCGCCCGUGCCGAAUGCUCCUGCUGUCACGGCCAUGGCGGUUGGCAUGCACAUGAACAUGCUGUCCGCUCGUCAAGACAUUGGUGGGUUUAUUGACAUCAUCCGUGAGGUCUUGUAUGGCUUUUACGGAUGCGGAGCAGAUGAGGGUGGUGGCGGCGGUGGUGGCGGUGGUGGCGGUAGGCAGUAG